GGGUGGGCGGGGCAGCAGGCAAGAUGGCGGCGCACUUGUCCUAUGGGCGAGUGAACCUGAACGUGCUGCGCGAGGCCGUGCGUCGCGAGCUGCGUGAAUUUCUGGACAAGUGCGCGGGAAGCAAGGCAAUAGUUUGGGAUGAGUACCUAACGGGACCAUUUGGCUUGAUUGCACAGUAUUCACUACUGAAGGAACAUGAAGUAGAAAAAAUGUUCACACUUAAAGGAAGUCGUUUGCCAGCUGCUGAUGUCAAGAAUAUUAUUUUUUUUGUCAGACCCAGGCUAGAAUUGAUGGAUAUAAUUGCUGAAAACGUGCUCAGCGAAGACAGACGUGGGCCAGCCAGAGAUUUCCACAUUUUGUUCGUGCCACGCCGCAGCUUGCUUUGUGAACAGCGGUUGAAAGACCUGGGCGUUCUGGGCUCCUUCAUCCACAGGGAUGAGUACAGUCUAGAUCUUAUUCCAUUCGACGGCGAUCUCCUGUCCAUGGAAUCCGAGGGUGCAUUCAAAGAGUGCUACCUGGAAGGCGACCAGACCAGCUUGUACCAUGCGGCCAAGGGGCUGAUGACCAUACAGGCCCUGUAUGGAACAAUCCCUCAGAUCUUUGGGAAAGGAGAAUGUGCUCGGCAAGUGGCCAACAUGAUGAUGAGGAUGAAAAGAGAGUUCACAGGAAGCCAAAAUUCAAUAUUUCCUGUUUUUGAUAACCUCUUGUUGCUCGAUCGGAAUGUGGAUUUAUUAACGCCUCUUGCUACCCAACUCACCUACGAAGGUCUCAUUGAUGAAAUCUAUGGCAUUCAGAACAGUUAUGUGAAAUUACCCCCCGAGAAAUUUGCACCUAAGAAGCAGGGUGAUGGUGGGAAGGACCUCCCCACAGAGGCGAAGAAGCUUCAGCUCAAUUCUGCAGAGGAGCUGUAUGCCGAGAUCCGGGACAGGAACUUCAAUGCAGUGGGCUCCGUGCUCAGCAAAAAGGCAAAGAUCAUCUCAGCUGCGUUUGAGGAAAGGCACAAUGCCAAGACGGUGGGAGAGAUUAAGCAGUUUGUCUCACAGCUGCCCCACAUGCAAGCCGCAAGGGGCUCCCUCGCAAACCACACCUCCAUUGCUGAGUUAAUCAAAGAUGUCACUACUUCUGAAGACUUCUUUGAUAAAUUAACUGUGGAACAGGAAUUUAUGUCUGGAAUAGACACAGAUAAGGUCAACAAUUACAUCGAAGACUGUAUUGCCCAAAAGCAUCCGUUGAUCAAGGUCUUAAGGCUGGUUUGCCUGCAAUCUGUGUGCAAUAGUGGGCUCAAACAGAAAGUGUUGGAUUAUUAUAAAAGAGAAAUUCUCCAGACCUAUGGCUAUGAGCACAUACUGACCUUGAACAACCUAGAGAAAGCCGGCCUGCUAAAGCCACAGACAGGAGGCAGAAACAAUUACCCAACGAUUCGGAAGACACUGCGCCUCUGGAUGGAUGAUGUCAAUGAGCAGAAUCCCACAGACAUAUCAUAUGUGUACAGUGGUUAUGCCCCGCUCAGCGUGCGACUGGCCCAGCUGCUGUCCCGGCCGGGCUGGCGGAGUAUUGAGGAGGUGCUUCGCAUACUCCCAGGGCCCCACUUCGAGGAGCGCCAGCCUCUUCCCACAGGGCUGCAAAAGAAACGCCAACCAGGAGAGAACAGAGUCACUCUGGUGUUUUUCCUCGGCGGUGUCACCUUUGCUGAAAUCGCGGCUCUGCGGUUUCUCUCCCAGUUGGAAGAUGGUGGAACAGAAUAUGUAAUCGCCACAACUAAACUAAUGAAUGGAACUAGCUGGAUAGAAGCUCUGAUGGAAAAACCUUUCUAGGGUAUUCAAAGAGACUUAGCAAGGGAACUGCAGAACAAACCAACUGUCAUUGAACAAGUGGCUGAAAGGAACCAAAACCCACAGAGACUAGAAGCACAGAAGUUGCUUUGGGGUCUGCUACCUCUGUUGCCUUCUUCUUCCUGCUUCUCUUGUAUUCCUGAUUUUCCAAAGGAAGGAUAAUCCACAUGCAUAAAAGAGACACUGGUUUUUUCACGUUUUUAAGUUUGGAGUCUUUAUUUGAGAACUUUGGAAAUAUGGUAAGAAGUGGGAUGGGUAGCUUAGGCAAGCAUGCAAAUGGGAACAGCUCUUAAAAUAAAGCAGAGAGCUCAGGCUCUGUUUUGCCUCCCCAGAGGUGAAA